GCAGAAACAUACAAUUCUACCGAAACGCGAUUUCGAGGCAAACCAUUCUUUCGCAUUUUUUUCCCUGAAAGAAAUCUUGGUCUUGCAUCACCGUCUUUGAUCUCGACCGUCUCGAAUCAAACUAACUUGCAAGUAUUUACGAUUCAUAGUCCCAGAUUUUUCCUUGAUACGGAUUAAUCUGUUGAUUUGAAGCAUACGCGUCAAAAAUCUUGCAAUGUUAAUAUAUCUUCACACUAGUCACAUCCAUAUAUUCACCUCUCUGGCGUUUAAUUGACUAGGCCGGUAACGUAUUCACAUUUUGCGACAAGAGAUCACGUACGAUAUUAUUUAGGAACCUGGACUAUUGACUGUUCUUGGUUACCACGUUUUCGAAUUCUAUCCCGUCGCUUGACACACGACAAGUAUCCCUGAUGAAUCGCGUCUAUCCCCUCCACGAUGUCUAAACGACCAUACGAAUAUGGCUUCUAUUCUGGCCAGCAAGGCCAGCAACCUCAUUCUCAAGCCCCGUCGCCUUUCCCUCAAUCGUUCAAUCAACCACCCCCAGUAAAUCCUCAACAACCUCCAUAUGCCCCUCUUGGCAACUAUGCGACCGUUAAUAACUCCUAUCAAUAUAAUGCGAGCAGCAUACCUGGGCUGGGCAUGGGUAGUUUUCAACCAUCUAUACCAUACGGAUCUGAAAAAAAUACACCAUGGAAAGCACAAUCACAGACUGCACCCAACCAGAAUAUUCCUGCUCAAGCACUCGAAUUUAACCUCCCUACAUCAUCUAAACAAGGCGAACUGUCUGUAUCGUCCCAUGAACAAACGAAUCAUUCUCUUGAAGAAGGCGAGCUUAGCGAGGGUGAGUUCGAGGAUUUGUACGAACCGAACGAUGCGGUUGAUGUUGCCGUACCUACCUCGUACCCUAGGCAACCCAGUGCGACGGAAAACCCGAAUGGAAGUGUGGGGGAUGCCGAUGGCUCCUCGAUUUAUGAUGGCACAACACCACAAGGUGAAACGGCCAUUAAUAGUGCAUCUACAUCACUUCCCGCCGUCGAGCAAGAAUAUUCUCCAGGCGAAGACUGGGAGCCUGAUGACCAAGAACGCGAAAGGUCGGGUUCUUAUUCCCCUUAUCUGUCUCCUAGAGAGAUUCAGCGUAGGGCAUCAGUGAGCAAGCCCGUAUCUUACGGGCCUAAGCCAGCCUCAAAUAUCCAACCUUCGCUACAGUCUCUACCGGGUACUCUACCCGGUAUCAACAUGCCAACCUCGGAGCGAUCAAAGACUGAUACUAAUCUACCAAAUCGUGCCCCCCACCGAGGAUAUGAUAUGAACGACCAUGGCGCUGCUCCUGCUGCCCCCGUAGGGGAUUCUUCGCUGCUUUAUUCCUUUCAAUCUGUGGCAGAAGCAAAGAAGAAGGCACAAGAAGCUAUCCUUGGGUUGUGGCCACUAAAAAUCCGGUAUCAAGAUUAUAUUGAGGAAGGCUUCGAUGAGAAGUUGAUGAAAGGCUUGUUCACGGAUUUGGGCUUAGAAGCUUCUAUCCCUAAGUCUUCUACGGUGCAAAAGUCGGCCAGUGACUCGGAGCCUCCAAGUGCUCCUAAGUCUACCAAGGCCGCUCACGAACCAGCAGCCACCAAAGACCAACCAUCAGCUACACCAAACUCAAAGCAACCUCUUGUCGCUAACUCUGUUCCUAAUACCAGUAAAGAUGACUCAAAAUCGGCCCAAAAGACAGCUGCUGAGGAGCGCAAGGACAAAAUUGCCCGAAAACUGGCGGCGAGAGCACAGAGAACUGUACCAAUCGUCCAGCCUUCUACUACGGCUCCGCCAUCUCAACCCGCUUCAGCUAAUGCGGACGUAACUUCACCUGCCAACAUGUCGCCGGCUAAACCGAAAACUCGAGCUGAAAAUAAUGCCAUUCUCCAUCAGAAACUUGCCGCGUUGAAGAAAGCACAGGAAAAGGCAAUAGCCGAUAGAAAGUUGGCAGUUGAAAGCUCAGCCAAACCCGCAACACCCCCAACCGCGCUCACAAGUAAUCCUGACAUCGCCCAUGGGCCUAAGGCCAAUGAAGAAUUGCCCUCUAAACCCUCCGUAGCGCCAACUAUAACUGCAGAGUCGAGUGGACGUUCCAUAUCACGUUCUGCAUCUACGGGGAAAAGUUCACCUAAAGAGGCAGGUAUUCCAGGUCUAUUCCUAGCGACCCAGCCAGCACAGCAAGGGAGCCGCAAUUUAAAACGACCAGUUGCUUCGGAUUUUGAUAGUUAUUCCAGUCCCGCUGGGACACUGAAGCGAUCGCGUACCCAGGAGCCGUUAAUAAUCGACGUUAGCGACGACGAAGAUGUGGAAAUGGACAUUGGUUCACCUAUCGACGAGCCUAGUUCGUCUAAUGGAAUUACCAAUCAGCCAUCAGGGCAAACCCCUCUUGGAGCAUUCCCGCCAUUAUCUAACUCUCCUAGCUGGAAGCAACGCUCCAGUCCUGGUUCAAGUGCUGUUCCAACACCGCCAGUGCAUGGGGUUAAGCUCAACCUACUUAACAAGCGUAUUGAAGAGGCGAAGAGACAGAUUGCCGAGGCUGAAGCCAAGAAAGCUGCCAAAAGAGUUAUCUCUCAAUCACCUCAGGCUCAGCCUUCAUCAGCAUCUACUACGCCACGGAAGAUUUCUGAGGUCCCGGAGACGUUACAGAAGGCUAAAAGAGGCAAUGUCGAGAGGCGCGAUAGGAUUGUAAGUUUCGAAUUGCCGAGCAUCGACGCCGAUCUCCAGGAGAAACAGGAGAGGCUCAGACAGGCUGUUGCGCAAGCAGCACAGCUUGAGUUCGAGAUACAGGCGAGCAUUGAGGAACGAAGGAAGCUAACGGCUGAGAUGGAGGAGUUGGCAGAUUCUCCAGGACCAAUAACUCCUGAGACGAGCCUGCAAACUCAGUCCGUUCUUCCUGGUACAGCGACGGCAAUUGAGUCUAGUCAUGUUGAACCACAGUAUCCGAAUGAUCAGGAAUUGAAUACCGAAGCUGAAGACGUACUCAUGUCCGAGAGCCAAGACAUAAACAAGCCAGAGCAAAGAUCAACUUUUGAUGAUGUCCAGCCCAGUCUGCGAUCAUCUCGAGCCAGCUCUUCAGCAGGCGAUCAGCAUCCUGUCACUACUCAAUCACCACAUAAUCUUAUUAUAGCUGAUCAGGUAUUAUCAGCCUCGCCCAGCAAUCAGCGCACGCCGUCUGAGAGUGCAUCUGCGGAUAUGAUUCUAGAAGACAGUACGACUGAUCCUAACGCCGUGUCCGGGGCCACUGAGAUUCGAAUAGAAGAACAAGACCACGGGAUGGCAGGCAUCCCGGAGCAACUAUCACAGGUCUCAUCCCCAAGCAGUGAUGGCUCAUACAGGCCACAGUCAACCCCAAUCUCCCCUGUUCGUGAUACUCCCCUUGAGCCCGAGAAUCUUCCCCCGAAGCCUAUUUCGCUUCAGGAGGAUGACGUUCCAUUGAAUGAUGAACUACUUACUCACGACGUACUCGAUGAUGCUAAUCCAUACCAACUGUCACACGAUCUAAUUACAGAGGCGAGGGGAAAGCCUAGCGGAGAAGUACAAAAGAGCUCAUCUCAUGAGCACCUGUUACUAACCGAUACGCAGGAUGAACUUGAACAGAAACCCCGAUUGGAGGAUCUGUUGUCUUAUCACAGUCCUCUCGGGUACUUCCGUGCAUAUAGGUUCCAUCCUAAAUACUUUGAUGAGGUGGCGGGUGGCCUUAAGUCAAUGACUUAUAGCUCUCGGAUUGAUCCCAUGCGACCAAUUUGCCCACGUGUGUUGGCCGGAGAGCAAUGCCCUAAUGGAAAUUCUUGCGAAUUCCAGCACUUUGAGAGCAUGGUGCUUCCCGAUGCCGAAAUUAUCACGCAGCUUGGCUCCGCCGACAUGUUCACCGGAGAGACGAGAAACCGAUUCAUCGAGGGCUUGAAAAAGGUACUCAACGAUCUGAAAGCCAACAAAGUUAAGGAUUUCGACCGUAUCACAAGAGCUAUCGUCAAGCAUAGGCAAGAGUUUCUCGAGGACAAGUCCAAAGUGUUGCCACUCGAUGCUGGUACCAGCUAGGCAACCUCGUAGUUCACGCAUACAGCUAUCCCCCUAUUUUAUACCGAAAGAUCCCUUUGUAGUCCAUACCCAUCCCUUUCAUUCCUCGCGACCUUUUCGUACGUAUUACAUCAGCUGAGUGGACCAUUACUUUUACGUGGUUACCUCAGCCUAUCUAGUCAUCCGUCUCCUUAUGGGGCGUUAUAGCAGUGUCCAAUAUCUGAUAAGAGAUUUCGACAACCUUACAGGCUUGGAAUCUGCUCCUGGCCACCCGAUACCCAUAAUAAUUUUGAUCAGAAAUCAGGUAGCAAGAAAAUGCAAGAUCUACCUAACAGGGACGACGGUAGAUGAAUCUUAAGGAAGGGAUUUCAGGUCAUGUCAUAGGCCUGGAACUGGAAAGAGAGAAGCAAGAAGCAAGAAGCAAGAAGCAGAAGAAGAUAAGAGAAGCUAUUCGCAACAUGAUGCGAGGUAUCGACUAGUCGUGGGGUAAGGCGUGUAUGCAUUUCAUCAUCCGUCUAGUUACAACUCGCUGUCAAAGAGAUGGCCACGAUAAGCUGUGGAGCCAUAUUGCCGAGCAUUUGCUUUUCGCAUUACCAGGUCACUAUCAAAUACCUACCUAGGUAGCCAAUUAAUGGACGAAACGCUUCCCGACG